AUGAACGAGGCAGAGGAAGGAGAAAUAUUGGUUCCUGAUGAAGAUUUGGAUGUGAACAAAACAGCAAGGUGUGCUGAACAGCAGUCAGAGAUUUUACAGAAGAAUGAGGAAGGUCUAUCAGUUCCUAUUGGAUAUAUGGUGGGAAGUCACUCUUCUGAGAAGAAAGUUAAGCUUUUUAAAGAGCUUAAAGGAGCCAAAAAUUUGGAGGCUACUCUAUAUCUUAAAGAGGUGAUCAAGGAUAAUGGGGUCUUCUUUGUGGGUUUAUUGGAAACGAAGAUUAUUUCACUGGAUAAUAGUCAUCUUAUGAAAUUUCUGGGAAUGAAUUGGGAGUUUUUUCUGCUUCCUGUAGUGGGAUUCUCAAGUGGCUUGUUGGUGUUAUGGAGAAAAGAUUUAGCAACUUUCUCGGUCAUUGAGGCUUCUUCUCAGAUGAUUUUGGGAAAACUGGAUGUUACCGAAAAAAAUAGCUGGAUAGUUGCCUCUGUUUACGGUAGCACAGAUGCUCACGAAAGGAAGAGGCUUUGGGAUGAUCUUGAAAGGCAUUGUUUAGGCAAUUUACCUAUGGUGGUGGGAGGUGAUUUUAAUUUUGUGCUGUCUCAAGCUGAAAAAAGACGGGGUAAGAAGUUUACUUUGACUCAAGGCUCCAAGGAUUUAAAUAACUUCAUGAUUAAGAAUGAUCUUCACGAGGUAAAAUCAAUGGGACCAAGGUUCACUUGGUGUAAUAAUAAAUCUGGUAGUGAUCGUAUAUUGGAGAAGUUAGACAUAUGUCUUAUUAAUUCCUCUGCUUUAGACAUCAUUCAUCUUGCUUUAGUUAGACACUUGAAUCGUAUUGCUUCAGAUCAUUGUCCGAUUAUGUUGGAUAUUUUCAAAAUUGUGGGAAGUUUUAAGAGAGAUAUCAAGUAUGAAGAGGUUUGGGCUUCUUACUAUGGAGCAACUGGUUUAGUGAAGAAAAUCUAG